CCGCCAACCUUCGCACCUUGCAGAAAAACGUGAAAUAUUUGCCUCGUCUUAUUCUGCACAAGAUCAAAAAAACCCAAUUGCACACACAGAAAAAAUAGAGACAGCGAAUCGAACAUCUACAAGCCCACCUGCAGCAGGGCUUGAAGCUUUCAUCCCAUCCCAACGGGACAAGAACUUGGGUAGAAUAGACGAGACGAAACGGGCGGACCGCAAAACCUUGAUCGCCCUUCUUCCAUCUUGUCCGCAUCAGCCUACAAGCAUCUUCGCGGCAUCCACGAGCAAGGUCGUCGGUCUGCAACUCCACAACUAUCUUUUUCCUCCCUGGUACGGGAUACGCUUAUGCUAUCCACUCAUCAACUCUUAACAAACCGGUACAUCGACUGCACCGUCCCCGAAAGCAGCCAGCCGUUGCUUGCUUCGCCUUGGCCAGCGUUUAUCCUGACAGCACCACCAAUUUGGUAGACUGGGUCUACAACAAGAAAAUAGCACCUCUUGUGAAACGGAUCAGCGCCGAGUUAAAUGGACAUAUCUCGUGGCAUAUCCAUGCCCAUUAACAUCACUCCAUCAGCAUCAUCAUAACAACGGCUCCACGCACUCGCAUCACCACAACCCAUUUUCGUCCGUCGCUCCUUUUCCCCAGCACCCUCGUAUCACUCAAAUCAAGCCUCGAGAAUCAGUAGGCAGACCGCCUUUGCAGAUCUCCUGCUUCUUUUGGUCUUCGCUCACGGCACCUCACAACAUCGGCCUGCCGUUAACAAAAAAGAAUAAAAAAAACCUCCCAACGACUAGCUGCACGCCCACCCUAAUCAUAGAGAGGACCCUAGCCUGGUUGUCCCCCCCUCUGUCCUGUCAACCACUUCUGUCACCACCCUUCCCUUCUACUACAUCCCAUCAUCACCCACGGUCCACCCCUGGUUCUUUUCCUUCGUGGACCCCAGGCCCGCCCCUUUACUACCAUAGGUCGGCAUCGAGAUAGGACAUCUCACUGCCGAUCAGUUUUUGCUUGGAGCUUGUCAGAAGGCACAAAGGGUCCCCACCUGUCCCGCUGACCACAGAGGGUCGACAACGUUUUAAAGCGGAACAGUCAGUCAGUGACAUCCACCGGAACCGGCCAACCCUGCCCUGCUCGCGGAGGGUUGCAGCGCUACUCCAGCAUACUACCCAUCCACCACAUAUUGCCGUUGUCUUGGUGCCCUUUGCAAAGACUUAAGGAUCGCUGAUCCCGCCGACCACAUUCGCGGAUCUCCUUCCAGUCCUUGCCCUUCAUCAACCCAAAGGACGCUACUAAACCGACCAUCUCUUGUCUCACGCUCUUUUGCAUCUGAUCAGCGUCCACAAGGCUUCUAGAUCCGGGAGCUAUUCAUCGUCACCACCACUGCCGCAUACAAUCUCGCUGGCAUCUAGACCUAGACCGCCUCUGCGCUCCUGAAGCCGAAGACACUGGGCCCCAUCCUAUUACUGUAUACACAAAUCGGUAUCACGAACCCUCGACGAGUCACACUUACACACACCAUGACGAUGACGUUAGACAGCAACCCCCAACGCUUCGGCUCCCUCAACUACGACCCUUACUCCCCUCAUCAACCUCAGUUCACCAACCCAUGGGCAGCGCCGCCCACGUCCGGUGUCAAUGCCUCGAGCAGUAUCUACUCUGGCAGCUCACAGGGUGGUCUGAACCCGAACCCGCUUAGCCUCGACAGCCUGACGAAGCACUCUCAUCAGCCUCCGGUUCCGCAGCACGUCAACCGUAGCAGCGCCGGCAGCGCAACCUCAUUGGCGUCGUACGGAUCCGUCCCGGUCCCGUCGUCUUCUGCCAACAGCCCCCACAAUCUUCUUAGCCUCGGCCGUCUCGCCCCGGUCAACAGCCUCCCGUCUACGACAGGAUACGCAGAAACCCCAUACACCACAACCGCCGCACCUAUCCACCCAUCAUACGUCGCCACCUCGCAAGCACCCUACGAGAGCCUGGGUCGCUAUGCGCACUCGAUGCAACAUAGCAUGGCCAUUCCCAGCGAGGCAGACCACGCUGCGCGCAGGUAUUCUCAAUCAAUCCACCAAGACGAGAGGAGUCGCUUUGCAGAUGCCUUGGAAGCUAGCCAGGGUAUGCUUUCGAUGAGCCAAGAGACACCCCGUAAUAUCUACGGUCCCAAUGCGACGACGCGUGCUCGCAGCUCAGCCGAUUCGUAUGGAUUUCCCUCGACGCAUUCGAACUCAAGCAGCGUCUCUUCGACUAGCGGUUUCGGAUACUAUGGUGGAUCCAUUGACUCGAGCGUUAGCGACUAUUCUACCGCAGGGUCGGACGUUGAGUCAUUGGCUAGCAGGACGCUCCCUAGGCCCCAGGGCCUGAUGAGCAGCCAUGCACCGCCGGCACCGUCGACUAUGAUGGGCCAAUUCAGCUCUAAAGUGUCUAACAGCUCACAAAAGAAGCACAAGUGCAAGGUCUGCGACAAGCGCUUCACGCGACCAAGUUCGCUCCAGACGCACAUGUACAGCCACACGGGCGAAAAGCCCUUCCAAUGCGAGGUCGAAGGUUGCGGCCGCCACUUUUCCGUCGUCUCCAAUCUUCGCAGACAUCGCAAGGUACACAAGGGUGACGCAAGGUCCGAGGCUGGCUCCGAGGACCAUCACUCUGACUAAGCCUUCAAGCCUUGGUCACCACAAGAUGUUGCCCGGACUUCACGGACAACAACGAACCGAAACGACAUAGACUUUCGAAUUUUGCAACUGUUUUCUCUCGCAAGGGGGCACUUCGAAUAUCCCCUGUAUAGAUAGGUCACGGCCUUACACACUCGCUACAACAUUUAAUUCACGUCUAUCACUACUAAUCACUUUUACCCUUUAUUUAUUUUUUACCCCCUUAUUAUAUUUUGUUGACACAGAAUUCCUGCGCGCCACAACUCGAUCUCGAACCACUGCCUGCUACCACGGUGGGAACAGGCUUAAGCGAUGCCUAGGUGUAUACCAACAGAGCGUCUCUUUUCCUGUCCAAGGCGGGCUUGGACCAGGAGUCGGAAAAUGUCUUCACGUGUACAAAAAAGAUGGACUGGAUGUCACCUGGCAUGCGCCUGCGGCCUCUAGCUGCUCGCGAUCUUCCCGUCAAUCGCUUUCCCUGUUACGAUGUUUCUUCGCGUUUUCUGUCGAUUUUUCCUGUUGUUCGGAUACCCACUCAGUUUUCGUCUGAGCCGACGGUUUAUCUUUCUCUGGUCUCAAGCUCCAUGGUUUUCUACCCCUACGAGCCUUGCAAGAAGACGGCAACUUGGGACUCUCAAAAGGCGUUCAUGUGGCGUUGUUGGUUUGCAAUUUAUGUCUGCGGGUUUACUUGGGUCAGGCGUUCAUGGGUACCGAGACGGCCAAGAGCCAGUCGACGGUGCGUUUUUGUUUUUUUUCUGUCUUGUUUUUAAGGAGGGUCCCACCUGUCCUGCUUGGCCAGGUUCAAGAGGCUCUCCUCGCGCGCGGUCCGAGUUUGUUUCCACUUCAUGUCUUAUUGUUUUUUUUUCUCUGCAAACAAAAAAACCCACCACUAUAGGGUACAUCAGUCUCUCGCUGCAACGAUCAGAUGGAACCACUAGCGCUCGCUUAUAACUUCUAAUGGCUCCGAAUUUCAAGGGGUCCCUUUUUUUUCAGUAUUCUACACGCUCGCUCGGCGAGGUUGGGAAUAAUCUUGUACCAUCACCGCAGGCAAAAUCCUGAAGAGAACCGCCGAAACAAAAAAUGCUCAUUAUACCCGCCUACCACCUACAACCUUAUUACUUAGUUUUGUUUAGAUAGCUGCAGGAGAUUGACGAUCUUCUCAAAAGACAGAAUAGAUC